AUGGCCGAUGAACACACGCCUCUCAUCGCAACCGUUCGUGUCGCUCAGCCAAGGCACCGAUACCCCCAUCACAUCGUCCGUCGUUUCUGCACCAUCGCUCUGUCUUCCUGUCUUCUCGCAGGAUUCGUCACAUUCCUAGUUCUCCUCUUCAUCGAACCCCCUGGCUAUCACCGUGGCCACCAGCAUGGCCACCACCGAGAUCAGUGGGAAUCGUCCGUGGGACGGCCCAGAGACCAUCCUCCUAGUCACCAGGACGUAUUAGACAUCUUGUUCGACACGCCCUCUGCCGAGCAAGCUGAAAAGUGGAGUCGAUAUUACACCUCCGGCCCUCAUCUUGCUGGACAGAACUAUUCACAGGCAGAAUGGACUCAGAACAAAUGGAUAGAAUGGGGCAUCCCCUCCGAUAUCGUCUCCUAUGACGUCUAUCUGAACUAUCCCGUUGACCACAGCCUCUCUCUACUCAGGAAGUCCAAGGACUCCUCUUCUUCUUCUCCUUCCUCCUCCUCCUCCUGGAAGGUCGACUUCAAGGCCACUCUUGAAGAGGAUGUUCUUGACAAAGACCCCACCUCAGGCCUGCAAGAUCGCAUCCCAACAUUCCACGGCUACUCGGCCAGUGGCAACGUCACUGGUUCUUUCGUCUGGGUCAACUACGGCACCUACCAGGACUUCGAGGACCUCAGGAAGGCCAACGUCAGUAUCGAGGGCAAGAUCGCAAUCGCCCGCUAUGGCGGCAUCUUCCGCGGCCUGAAAAUUCGCCGUGCCCAGGACUUGGGCGCCAUCGGCGUCAUUCUGUACAGCGAUCCAGGCGAUGAUGGCCACGUCCGGGAGGACAAUGGCUACGGGGCCUACCCUAAUGGCCCGGCCCGUAACCCGACCAGCGUGCAACGAGGGAGCGCACAAUUCCUGAGCGAGCGUCCUGGCGAUCCGACCACACCGGGUUAUCCUUCCAAGCCUGGUGCGCCUCGUGCUCCCGUCGAAAACGUCAUCCCAUCCAUCCCGUCCGUCCCCAUAUCCUACGCUGAGGCUGUGCCUCUGUUGAAGGCCCUGAAUGGCCACGGCCCCAAGGCGGACGACUUUAACCAGUACUGGACUCGCAACCUCGGUCUAGGCUACAAGGGCGUCGACUACAACAUCGGUCCCUCACCCGAUAACGUUGUGAUCAACCUCUUCAACGAGCAGAAAUACGUGACGACCCCGCUGUGGAACGUCGUUGGCGUUGUGAACGGGACCAUCCCCAACGAGGUCAUUGUCGUCGGGAAUCACCGCGAUGCCUGGAUCGCGGGCGGCGCGGGCGAUCCCAAUAGCGGCUCCGCCGUGUUGAACGAGGUUAUCCGCAGCGUCGGUGCAGCUCUCAAGGCCGGCUGGAAGCCUCUCCGUACAAUCGUCUUCGCCUCGUGGGACGGAGAAGAGUAUUCGCUCAUCGGUUCGACCGAGUGGGUUGAGGAAUACCUCCCCUGGCUAUCUGACUCGGCCGUCUCUUACCUGAACGUCGAUGUCGGCGUUCGCACGCCUCACUUCGAUGCCUCUGCCGCCCCGCUUCUUCACCGGCUUCUACGAGAAGUAGUCACUGCCAUCCCGUCCCCCAACCAGACAGUCCCCGGCCAGACCGUCGGCGACCUCUGGAACGGCCGCAUAAAACCCAUGGGAUCAGGCUCCGACUUCACCGCCUUCCAGGAUUUCGCCGGCGUUCCUUCCCUCGACUUUGGCUUUGGCGGGCACCGCCCCGAAGACCCGGUUUACCACUACCACAGCAACUACGAUUCGUUCGCCUGGAUGACCAACUUCGGCGACCCGGGCUUUGAGUACCACCGGGCCAUGGCACGCGUCUUGGGCCGCACCCUCGUCGAGCUGGCCAAUCGCCCCAUCAUCCGCUUUAACGCGACCGACUACGCCGACGCUCUCGUGAACUACGUCGAUCAGAUCGAGUCCAGGCUGUCCACGGCCACCACUACUUCGGACUCCAGCGACUUGGACCUCGCCACCCUGUCCGAGGACGAGAUCUUCAACAUCCGCUCCCGCGGCGGUCGUUCCGACACCUUCGCAGGCCCAGGGGCCGCCGCACUCGCGCCCCGCGGCGACCCCACGGACGUGAAAGAAUCUCUCGCCCACCUCCGCUUCACGCUCGCCGAGCUUCGCGCCAAGACGGAACGCCUCGACGCCGCCGCCCAGUGGGUGGACGACACAAUCCGCGCCGGCGUGCCCUGGUGGAAGCUCUGGACGCGCGUCAAGCUCGGCCUGGCUUUCGUCUGGGUCAACAAGGCCUACAAGGGCUUCGAGCGCCACUUCCUCUACCCGGAGGGCCUCGACGGCCGGACCUGGUUCAAGCACGUCGUCUUUGCUCCCGGAUUGUGGACGGGGUACGCCGGUGCGGUGUUCCCCGGCUUGCAGGAGAGUAUCGACUCCCAGGACUACGUCAACGCC